GUAAUGCGAGGCGUAAUUUGACAUAUUGCGUACAGUAAUUAAAAUACACAAUUUAGCACGCACAGUGUGAAGGUGUAAUGCAUCAUGAGGGAUUUCGUUAAUUCCGUCUCAUAAAAUUAAGAAUGUAAUAGCGAGGAAGUUAUGAUUUAUAGAUGCUGGUGACGGAAAUGUUGACGUUACUGUGAUGAAGAUAAAAAUUACCAUUGCUUUGAUAUCAUUGUGAUAGGCACUAUGUGAGAUUUAAUGUUUGCUUUUUCGAUAACGACGGAGAUGACAAAAUAGUUACUGUAAAUAUGGAUCAGUGUAAAUAAUACAAUGGAAGCAUUAACUUUCGGCUCUCACAGGCUUGUUCACUUGGAUUUGAAGGGUGCUCCACCCAAAGUAACGUACUUAGCGCAGCUAUUUCCAUUACUUCGUGAAUGGGGAGCUACUGGUCUGCUGAUUGAAUGGGAAGAUACUUUUCCAUAUGUUCGAGAUCUCGCACUUCUUGGUUCUAAUGCACCUUCAUGUCCAGCUGGAGCUUAUACAGCUGAAGAGGCUCGUGAAUUGCUGAAGCUUGCAGGGGAUGCUGGUCUAGCAGUAGUUCCACUUGUACAGACCAUAGGACAUCUUGAGUUUGUUCUGAAGCAUGACAAGUGGCGUGCAUUGCGCGAGGUGGAGGCAUACCCCAGUUCCAUGUGUCCCUCACAUCCAGAGGCUCUGUCCCUUGUCACAUCACUAAUAAAGCAAGUUGUUGAGUUCCAUCCAGACAUUCAAUAUUUGCAUAUUGGAGCUGAUGAGGUAUGGCACAUGGGACUCUGUCCAGCCUGUUCUCGACGCAUAGAGACUAGCAGAUAUGGGCGCCCACAGCUCUUUCUGGAGCAUGUGGUCGCAGUUGCUCAGUAUGUACGUGAGGCUUUUCCUUCUGUGCGUGUGAUCAUGUGGGAUGACAUGCUUCGUGCUGUUGACACAUCUGUUUUGGUUGAAUUCAACUUGGGUCACUAUGUAGAACCCAUGGUGUGGCACUAUACACCUGCUGAGUGCUUUCAGCUAACACCAGAACUAUGGGACAAGUAUUCGUCAGUGUUUGACAGUGUAUGGGUGGCAACAGCAUUCAAAGGAGCAACUGGCAGUUGUCAGUUAUUGCCAGUGAUUCAGCACCAUCUGAGUAACCACGAACACUGGCUUCGUGUCCUCAGCCGUGAAGUGAGCAAGUUCCAGAACUUCAGAGGUGUUGCACUCACUGGGUGGUCUCGGUAUGACCACUAUGCUACACUGUGUGAGCUUCUGCCAGUUGCAAUUCCCAGCUUAGCACUUUGUCUCAAAGUGUGGCUGGCUGGAGCAUACAGUGGAGAUCUGCACAUCUCAGUAGCAAAAGAUUUAGGUUACAUGGACACACCUCUUCUUCUCAAUCCCUAUCCUAGGCCGCAGCCUGUUCCUCAGCAGCUGAGUUUUCCUGGCUGGAAAGUUCGUGUAGGUGUUGAGUGGUUCGCAAAUCUGCGCCUCAAGUAUCGUAACAUUGUUGAGAGUGAUCAAGUUGAGACUUGGUUCAACUCUUGGCAGAUUCAAAAUGGCUUCACCAAUCCUAUGCAGAUUGAAAGCCUGAUUCCUGCCUUCACAGACCUGCUGUUUGAAUUAGCAUCACUGGAGGGCUACAUGAGAGUUCAUCUGGAAGAUGUACUACAAACACCAGCAAUGGAUGAAUGGCUCGGUACAUUGGUGGAGCCCCUUCGUACCCGCCUCCGGCAGUUAAAGAAAGAUGCGGAAGCUCAGAUGUUGCUGGGAGCUCGUGCACGAGGCUAUGACUCCCAUAUCUGAUAGAGUUCCAGCUACCAUGUCUGGCAUUGAACUUCAGCAUCUCUCUUCUGGUUAUAACGUAUCUUACAUCAAGAGUUGCAUUACUGGUACAGACCUGUGGAUGAGAUGCACCCAUUAUCAAGCCCACUUACCAUAUAGGUCUCACUUCAUGGAAAUUCAACUUUCAUUACCAUGCUCACAGGAGCCUGCCACUGGGCUCUGUCCUCAACCAGAUGAAUCCAGUGAACAUCCUCACACCCCGUGUCUGUAAGAUCCUUUUUAAUAUGAUUCAUACAAGACUUGACAGUUGUACUGCUAAUUCUGAAACACAGUGCCAUAACCUUGUGAUGCAAUUUGUAAUCUUGUCCUGUAGGUAAGUACAAAGUAUAAUAGGUCCCAUUUAUUAAAAUUACCAUAUUUAAAUUAUUUCUUAAAUAUCCUGUUAUGACCAGUUUUUUGAGCUGUAUUUGUAGGGUUAUAAAGGAAUCCUGUUAGUGAGAUGAAUGUCUGUCUCCUGAUGUAGCUACAUACAUCAAUAUUACAGAUGCUAAAUGACUUUAUUUUCUUAAAAUUCAUUUUAAGCAUUGUCACUGGAUACCUCCCUAUCUCGGUAGUUUCUAACUUUCGGUGAACAGUAGUACCACAAGGUUGUCAUGCAAACCUGUGAGGUGGUAAAACACUACUGCUGUCGAUUAGUGUGUCUGAAGUUUCAUGUGGUGAUAAGCUUUGAAAGGAUGCAACUGUUAGUAAGAUACUUCUUUAGGGAAAUGGAAAAUAAUUUGAUGGCUGCAAAACUAUUUUGACAUGAGGACAGAGCAUUGUAAUUUGACCUCUGAAAAUUUUAAGGUGACACAUUACAAAACUCUGGUCUAAAAAACCGAGAUUAAUGGCCAUGGGAAUCCGUUGCACUGACCACUUGACACCCUGUAUCCGUAAAAGUUG